GAAAUUUAUUCUGCCGCAGUUCCCCGACACUGGCCGGCCAAUCACGGCAAGCGGAUUGGUGCUUCUUUCGAUGUGAAUUGUACGAUUAUAAAGCCUCCAAGGUAGUUGUCGGCCAACGUUCUCUGGAAGCCUUCCAAACACCUACUCAGACACAUCCUCCACAAUGUCACGCCCAGUUUUAUCAUCCGCCGUCCGCCAGGUAUCUCGCCCUCGCCCUACCCGGGCCACAUUCUCUCCGCUCUCUUCCCCCGUGCCGAACCCGACACCGAGCUUCUCCGCAUCGUUUUGCCAUUCUUCAUACCGGACGCCGACCGUCCCUUCUACGCCGAGACAACGGAGUUCGAAGAUUCGAUGCGGUGGAUAUAGAAAGAGACAUUCGACGCCAUGGCUUAACGCCUCUCAACCGCGCUCAGCGUUUUCCACCUCCGCUCCGACUUCUGCCCCUCAAGUUACGCAGAACCCGAGGGCCGGCGAGGAUGGGGAGACGUUGAUGGUGGGCAUCUCUGAGCGAGCUGCAAAUCGCCUUCGCCAAAUCACCGAUCCAUCCUCGCCCUCUGCCACAAAGGAAGAAAAUCCCUACCACCACCUCCGAAUCACCGUUACCAGCGGUGGGUGCCACGGGUUCCAGUACUUGAUGUCGCUCGAGCCCGCAUCAAAGAUCGACGCAGAAGAAGACACGAUAUUUGAGGCCGAGCCGUUAGAAAACGGGGGCUCGGCCGGUAACGCCAAGCUCGUGAUGGAUGAGCCCUCGCUUGAACUUUUGUCUGGAAGCACAGUUGACUACACGACGGAGUUGAUUGGGAGCCAGUUCAAGAUUGUGGACAAUCCGCGUGCAACGAGUAGUUGUGGCUGCGGGACGAGCUUUGAUGUUGUUGAUUAGGGAAGUCUUUAAGAUGAAGGAGCUGGUCGUGUAAUCUUCACUCUUGUAUACCAUUAUACCAUGUUUACUAGAUAGAAUAUUAGUAGUACAUACUAUACCAUACCAUACUC